AUGACGAGCGCGCAGCCGCCUCUCGUCGCCCGCUGCGGCGACGUCGAGAUCGAGGUGCGCUCCUACUUCAUCGCGGCGGCGCUGGUUGCGCGCUUCUUCGCUGGGGAGGCGGAGGACGGGGGCAGCAGCGAGGCUCGGCGGACCGCCGGGCAGGUGGCCGUGGGCGAGCAGGACGACGGGGCGGCGCAGCACGUCGAGGGUGGCGUCGUGGUACCGAAGGAUGGGCAGAGCGAGAAGUCCGGCAGCGCGCUCGCCGCGAUCCCCGCCUUCCCAACGCCGGGGGUCGAGAAGACCGUGGAGGUGCCGACGGCAGAGCACGUCGAGACGAUCUUCCACGCGUCGAAGAUCGCGGUCACGGUGCCGACUGUGAUCGUGAUGCUUGAGGGCGAGGCCUGCAGCGAUGUGUCCACGGCCGAGGUCGGGGACACGGGCGAGUUCGGCUCGAAUUUCGGGGAGCAGCUGCUGGACGAGGCCGCGGUCGUCGGCAAGAGCUUCACAGAGGGCGGGCGGCAGCUCGGCUCGAACUUCGGGGAGCAGCUGCUGGGCGAGGGCGCGGUCGUCGGCGAGGGCUCCACGGAGGGCGGGCUGGAGGACGUGCUGGAGCCAGGUGUCUUCAGCGAGGUGGCCGCGGCCGAGGUCCAGGACAAGGUCGGCUCGAGCCUUAGGGAGCAGUUGACGGACGAGGGUGCGGUCGUCGGCAAGGGCUUCACAGAGGGCGGGCUGGAGGGCAAGCUGGGGGCCAAGGUCGUCAGCAAGGUGCUCUAG